GCCGCGCUUCUGGCUAGGGCCGCUCGGGUGGCCGCGGGCAUGGAGGAUAUUUACGCCAAGUUCGUGUCUCAGAAGAUCAGCAAAACCCGCUGGCGACCGGUGCCUCCCGGGAGCCUGCAGACUGCGGAGACGUUCGCCACGGGCUCGUGGGACAAUGAGGACAAUUACGUCUCCCUGUGGUCUAUUGGAGAUUUUGGAAACGUGGAUUCCGAUGGAGGCUUUGAAGGAGACCACCAGUUACUGUGUGAUAUCAGACACCAUGGUGAUGUCAUGGAUUUACAGUUUUUUGACCAGGAAAGAAUUGUAGCUGCUUCAUCAACAGGAUGUGUAACCGUUUUCCUUCACCAUCCAAAUAGCCAGACUCUGUCAGUCAGCCAGCAGUGGACAGCAGCUCACUACCACACUGGUCCUGGCAGUCCUUCCUAUAGCAGUGCACCAUGCACAGGUGUUGUGUGUGACAAUCCAGAAAUUGUCACAGUUGGAGAAGAUGGUCGAAUAAAUCUCUUCAGAGUUGAUCACAAGGAAGCUGUAAGGACUAUAGACAAUGCAGAUAGCAGUACACUUCAUGCUGUAACCUUCCUUCGAACUCCUGAGAUUCUUACAGUAAAUUCAAUUGGACAAUUAAAAAUAUGGGAUUUCAGACAACAAGGAAAUGAGCCCUCUCAGAUUUUAUCACUGACUGGUGACCGCGUGCCACUCCACUGUGUGGACAGACAUCCCAACCAGCAGCAUGUCGUUGCUACUGGUGGCCAGGAUGGAAUGUUGAGUAUUUGGGAUGUUCGACAAGGUACUAUGCCUGUAUCUCUGCUGAAGGCACAUGAAGCUGAAAUGUGGGAAGUUCACUUUCACCCAUCCAACCCAGAUCAUCUGUUUACUUGUUCUGAAGAUGGAUCCCUCUGGCAUUGGGAUGCCUCUACAGAUGCACCGGAAAAGUCCUCACUCUUUCACCAAGGAAGAACGAGUACUUUUCUGUCUCACAGCAUUAGUAACCAGGCUAAUGUUCACCACUCUCUUACAAGUUCCUGGCUCAGCACUGAUCCUGCAAAAGACCGUAUCGAGAUCACAAGUUUGCUGCCCAGCCGGACUCUGUCUGUAAAUAGUUUGGAUGUUUUGGGUCCUUGUCUUGUUUGUGGAACUGAUGCAGAAGCAAUUUAUGUCACCAGACAACUGUUCUCCUGAAAGUGCUCAGUUACAGGAUUCCAAGUAAAACACACAGCCUUUUGAAUUCCACUGUACAAAAUUUUUAUUAUCAGAAAAUGCUGUAUUUACAGCAGACACAUUAGUAAGCUAUUAUUCACGUAAGUUGUGAAAGGUUUUGGAACACAUGAAAGACAUCAGUGACCCUUGUGCUGGUAAACAUGUUGCCUUCACGCAGACUAUUACUGACAGCUGAUGGAACUAACUCUUCAUUUUUAGCAUUGUGGAGAAACCAUCAACAGGUUCUUGUAAUUUGGAGUAUGCCACCCUCUAGUGGCAUUCAUUGUUAAUAUUUUUUCUUUCUUUUUUUAAUACAGUACUGGGGACUGAACUGUGGGGUCUAGUAGGCAAGCAUUCUAAUUCUGAGCUUUCUUUUCCCUUC